GAGCAUUUCGGUCCCGAAAUUCAUGGAUGUCAUCGCCGCUAGCCAAGACCAACAUGCAUGCAGAGUAAAUGGCAUAUCUCGGGCCCAACACUACUUCCUCAUCGCUGAAUCUAUUCGGAGUCGACCAAUCUAUCAUUAUGGGAGCCUUUGUAAGAUCCUGGAAGUGGAGUACGUUGUCAUGCUUGCUCACGACGAUUGCCUCGGCUACCGAACCAACCGUAAAGGUGCUCAACGGCACAUACGAAGGCCUCUACCUGCCUGGCUUUGAUCAAGAGCUCUUCCUGGGUGUUCCUUACGCACAAGACACCGGAGGUCAGAAUCGCUUUCUCAUUCCACAAUCGCUAAACUCGACCUGGAAUGGCACUCGUACGGCUAAGCAGUACGGACAUGCCUGUCCCGAUCCGCAACCCGAAAGAGAUGCGGAGUUUGGUAUGAGCGAAGACUGUCUCAGCAUCAACGUUGUGCGCCCAGCUGGACUAUCGGAAAACGAGUCUGACAAACUGCCGGUGGCUGUCUGGAUUCAUGGCGGCUCAUACCAAGUAGGCACAAGCGGACUCCCUAACUACAACCUUACAUACAUUGUCCAGAGGAGCGUGGAGAUCGGCAAUCCGAUCAUUGCUACAAGCAUCAACUACCGGAAAGGAGGUUGGGGCAUGAUGUACUCUCGUGAGAUCCAAGGAACAGGCAACACAAAUCUCGCACUGCGGGACAUGCGCAAAGGUCUUGCUUGGAUCUCAGAGAACAUCGGUGCGUUUGGCGGAGACAAGGAUAGCGUGACGAUCUGGGGUGAAUCAGCCGGCUCCUUUGCUGUUGGUCAACUACUCAUGAGCUACGGCGGUCAGACCGACGGGCUCUUCCAUCGUAGCAUUCAAGAGUCUGGCUCUGCUGCAACAGCAUGGUACAACGGCUCAGACUGGUAUCAGCCCAUCUACGAUAAUAUUGUCGAUAAGACAAACUGUUCUGACCUCCCGGACACACUCGCAUGCCUCCGCACAGUACCUUAUGAGACAAUCCUGCCUUUGAUGGCAGAGCCUAUCCAAGGACCAGGCUGGUAUCCAACAGUCGACGGCGACAUCAUGCCUAAGUUUCCAACGGAGCUUCUUCAUUCCGGACAGUUCGCACACAUCCCACAUCUCUAUGGCUCCAACACAGAUGAAGGAACAGACAACGCACCCGCUGGCGGCGUGAUAAACACCACACAGCAGCUCUACGACUUCGUCAAAGGCAGCACGGGCUUCGGCUUUCCCGACGCCGUUGUUACCGAGUUGCUUAACCUGUAUCCGGAUGACCCGGCUCAAGGCAUCCCGCUCAACACCGGAGACGAACGAUUCGCAGAGCAAGGGUUUCAGUACAAGCGCAUAGCAGCGAUCAUGGGCGACGUAUUCUACCACGCACCACGACUCGACGAUGCGAGGCAGUACUCCAAGCAUGCCCCGACAUACAUCUACCGCUUCAAUACCCGCCCAUGGGUGGCUGCAACCAACACGUCCGAAGGCGGAUUGGCGCCGCCGUACAAGGGCGUGCAGCAUUUCAGCGAGACACAGUUCCUGUUCGCCAACCCGGCAUUCUACGGUCCGUGGCCUGAGUACAAGGCCCUGAGCGAUGUGAUGAGUGCGCAGUGGGUCAACUUCAUUGCAUGUGGUGACCCUAACGGCGAGGGCUUGCCCAGGUGGCCCAAGUAUAGUGAGAGUGACCGAGGAGCGAAUCUGGUUAUACAGGCCACUGGAAGGGGGCAGAAUGGAAGUUUUGUGGAGGAAGAUACGUGGAGGUUGGAGGGCAGGGAGUUUUUGAGUCAGUGGGCAAGGCGGAGACAUGUGUGAAGGGACUGUAGGCGUGAAGUUUGGGCGACACGGUCGGAGAAUGCAGGAGAGGUUGGUGUUGGCGAGAAACAGUGUCUCUAGUUAUUGAAGAACAAACCUAGCAGAAUUGAACAAGUUCACACG